AUGCCGGGAGUCGAUAUAGCGCCCCUCGUGGCCGAUGAUAUGAGAGUCCUGGGCCAGGACCCUCUAAUCCCUCCAGCACUACUUAUAUCUGAAAUUCCCAUGACCGACGCCUCCUUACAGACUGUUGUCAAGGGUCGAAGAGAUGCUGUCGCUAUCAUCAUGGGUCGUAGUGACCGUCUGUUAGUCGUCGUGGGUCCUUGCUCUAUCCACGACCCGACCACAGCCCACGAGUACGCGCAGCGCCUUAAGAAGCUUUCUGAGAAGCUAUCGGAUGACUUGUGUAUCAUUAUGCGGGCUUACCUUGAAAAGCCUCGGACAACCGUGGGUUGGAAAGGUCUAAUAAACGAUCCCGAUAUCGACAACAGCUUCCAAAUCAACAAAGGUCUCCGCAUAUCUCGACAAAUGUUCAGCGACUUAACUAAUGCGGGAAUGCCCAUCGCCAGCGAAAUGCUGGAUACCAUUUCACCUCAGUUCCUAGCAGACUUCAUCUCUGUUGGUGCCAUUGGCGCCCGUACCACCGAGUCACAGCUACAUCGCGAACUUGCUUCCGGCCUUUCUUUCCCAAUUGGCUUCAAGAAUGGCACUGAUGGAAAUCUUAACGUCGCUAUCGACGCUAUUGGCGCAGCAGCUUCUAAACAUCACUUCAUGGGCGUGACUAAGCAAGGCUUGGCAGCUAUCACAAGAACCAAGGGGAAUGAGCAUGGUUUCGUCAUUCUCAGGGGUGGCAGCAAGGGUACCAAUUAUGAUAAGGAGAAUAUCCAAGCCGCCAAAGAAACCCUGGCUAAGAAGGGACAAAAGAUGGCCAUCAUGGUUGAUUGCUCACAUGGUAACUCAAAUAAGGACCACCGUAAUCAACCCAAGGUUGCCAAGGUCAUUGGCGACCAAUUGAGGGAGGGAGAAAAGGCCAUAAUUGGCGUCAUGAUCGAAUCCAAUAUCAACGAGGGGAACCAGAAGGUCCCGCCAGAGGGUCCGUGUGGGCUGAAGAAGGGUGUGAGCAUCACUGACGCCUGCAUCGAUUGGGAUUCGACAAUUCAGGUCCUCGAAGACCUCGCGGCCGCAGUCCGAGCUCGGAGGGAGAAGAACGGCGCACUAGCAAGCAAUGGCCAAGGAGAAGAGCCGAAAACCACUCUAAUUGAAGAGGAAUAG